CUGACAGUUUUAAUUCAGAGACAGAAGAAAAUAACACAGAAUGAGCAGAAGAAAGGGUUCUGCGUUUUCAUCUGCUUCAACUGCUGAACAAGUUACUGAAGGAAUCGAUGCCACUGCCCUCACUGCUAUUGUUACAGGUGCAACGAGUGGUAUUGGCAGUGAAACUGCUCGUGUUCUUGCGAUGCGUGGUGUUCAUGUAAUAAUGGCGGUCAGAAAUUUGGUUACUGCAAAAGAUGUAAAAGAAGCAAUACUUAAAGAGAUUCCUAAUGCUAAACUUGAUUACAUGGAGUUAGACCUUAGUUCAAUGGCAUCUGUUCGAAAAUUUGCAUCGGACUUCAUUUCAUCUGGCCUUCCAUUGAACAUUCUUGUAAACAAUGCAGGAAUAUUUGGAACCCCUUUCACGCUGUCUGAGGACAAUAUUGAACUGCAAUUUGCUACGAAUCAUAUAGGGCAUUUUCUUUUAACAAAUCUGUUGUUUGAUACUAUGAAGAAAACAGCACAUGAAAGUAAGCGAGAAGGAAGAAUUGUUAAUGUCACUUCUUGUGCUCAUCGAUUAUCUUAUCGUGGAGGAAUCCGUUUCGAUAAAAUUAAUGAUGAAUCAAGUUAUAGGAAAUUUUGUGCAUAUGCUCAGUCAAAGCUUGCUAACGUUUUACAUGCCAAUGAACUUGCAAGACGUCUUAAGGAAGAUGGAGUAGAUAUUACUGCUAAUUCUGUUCAUCCAGGAGCCAUUAUCACCAAUAUUGAUCGUUACUACGUUCACUCUGGACUUGCAGCUAUACUUAAGAAGUUUAUAGGUUUUGCAUUUAAAAAUGUCGAACGGGGAGCAUCAACAACAUGCUAUUUAGCAUUGCACCCAGGAGUGAGUGGAAUCAAUGGAAAGUAUUUUGCAGAUAAUAAUGUUUCAGAAGCAUGUUUGCAGGGAAGGGACAUGGAUUUGGCUAAGAAGCUUUGGGAUUUUAGCAUGAAUUUGACCAUGAAAAAUGAAAGUGACAAUGGCCAAUAUAUAAGAAAAUAGUGUGUUGUUGAAGCUUAAAGUUUGAUGCUUCUGUAAGGGUGGAUUUUACGUAUAUGUAUUCAAAUGUUAUUAUAAAGCCCUCGUUAACAUAACAAACAUUGUAAGAUAUAUCUAUAUAGUAAAAUCCAUUGGGAAAAGUUUGU